UAUGGAUCAGGAGAGGGGGACAGAAGAACUCUCAAAACAUUAACUUUACCAGGGUACAUUGUAAGCUGUGGCUACCAAGGUGACAUUACAAUGGACAGGAUGUCUCUUCAAAACUAAUAAAAGAAGUCCUACAGCAACUUGAAGAAUGGGGUUCCUGGGAGGAGAAAUAACUGUGGACAACCGUACAGCCUACUACUGGACAUGCUGUAUCGAGAUCCAGACACCAUGGCUAUUUUCUGACCAAUACAAAACAUUUGCUGCUGACCCUUACAAAAAGACACAGCAAAGCCAAACACUUUUAAUCAAAUGGGGCCAAACCAUCUACUUACGAGUGAAAUAUGGAUGGUGUUCAGAGACUGAGUGCUGCAAAGAUCCAGAUCUGUGGUACAUAUUCGACCCAAGAGAUGACCCCUGUUUCACAAUUCGAGAGAGUGGAGACCACUUGGAGAUUCAUAUGGACUGCAACGUUAAUUACGAGAAGAAAAAAUCAACUUGCCCAAAUUAUGAGAGAAUUGAAGAUGAUGCACGAGAGAAAGAGGAAAAUCGUAGGCGCGACGAAGAGCAGCGGCGUCAGGCCCAGAUUGAACGUGAAAGAAAAAUUGAGGAACAGAUUAAACGGGAAAGUGAGCUUGCUGCUACGAAGCUUUCACGCGCCACAGAGACACUGAAGCAGAAUCAGAAGCUGAGAGGUCAUGAGUUUCAUCACCAAACUAAUAUAAUGCAACAGCCACUAGAAGCUGGCAGUGAUAAAGAUGAGGUUGAAGAAAUAAAGAAGCGGUUCAUGGAACUUGUGUUAGAAUAUCAGAUCACUGAUGAUGAUGACUCAGAAGAGACAUUAGCAGACAGAAUUAAAACUCUGCAAAAUGGCCUAAUUGUGGAGUUCUGUAAGAAACACAACCUGUCCAGUGGCUGUGUGUUUUCCUUUGACACUGCAGUUGGUUAUGAGACUCUGCCUCUACAUGAUAGACUGACUCUGCUUGAGGCAGUAAUGUGUUUAGUUUUUGAGAAGAAUGAAGAUGACCACACACAUAAACAUGACCGGGACUUCCUCAUGGAUCUGCUCGAACUGUUGCAACAUGACCAUCCAUCACUUGCUUUUAAUCUUUUACAGAGCAUCCUUCAAACUGAUCCGCAUAUGUCUACACAGAGUAAAGAAACUCUGUGUCAGAUUGCAUUUAACAACACAUGGAAACUGGCAGAAAUAACAGAUUUCAUGAGGAAGGUUUUUGGCAAAGACAAAGAACAAGUGCACUCAGUACUUCACAUUGCACAGACCUACAAACUGGAGUAUGAGAAUGUCUUCUGUGCUUUGGAUUCACCAGAUCCCCCCAGAUUGAUAAAAAGGUAUGUUGACAAAGAGAAAGACAAAAAUGCUGAUACUAUCAUUAGUGAAAUGCACAAAGACCACUACCCUGAGAAUGUCCUGACAAUACUAGAGGAUGUUUUAAGAUAUCUAGAAAUAGAGCUUCGUAAACACACCACAGCUGUUCUCAGUCCAAACAAAAUCCAGGAGUUAAAGAAAAUGGUAAAAGAACUGGACUUUAACAAUCCAGACAGACAAAUUCUCAAAAGUGUAGUAGUAGGAAUGUCAAUGGCAGUAAAAAUGUGCUCCGUGGUCACAGUUCAAAAGGGUAAAAAUAAAAUAGUAAUUGAAGGAUAUCUUCCCAGAUUAACUCAACUUGCAACCUUGAUUGUUUUCCUACUCCCAAAGUCACAAACCCAUACAGGUUGUCUCCUUGAAAUAGGGACAGGUGAAGGGAAAUCCUGUAUCUUAGCCAUGCUUGCUACAAUCCAUGCCAUUCGUGGUGUAAAGGUGGAUAUUGUGACGAGCUCCCCAGUCCUUGCAUAUCGUGAUUUAGAGGAAUGGAACAGACUGUACAACAUGUUUGGCAUAACAUCAUCUGCUGUUCCUCCAUUACUGAAUGAUGUCUCGUCUGAAGAACUAGAGAAACUGACUCAGGAAGCAUACAGACAACAAAUUAUUUACAGUACUGUUGGGAAUUUUGCAGCAGAUACGCUGAAACAAGAGUUUGAAAAGAAAACAACUCGAGGUGACAGAAGGUUUGAACUGGUCCUUGUGGAUGAGGUGGACUACAUGACCUUGGAUAAUGGAGUUCAAAUAACUUUUCUGUCCCAUGAGAGCAGUGGCCUCCAGCAUUUGGAGAAGGUCCUUGCAGGCAUCUGGGCCAAGACGUCUGCAUGUCGACCAAUUGAGGUGGGAGAGACAGGAGAUAUCAUGUGGACAACAAGAGUGCAGAAUUUUCACACAGCUGCACUGAUAUCAAUGAUUGGUUCAGAUACAAGUGAGACAUUUUCACCACUGGAAAUUUUGUUGCCAGGAAUUGAACUAGGCUUUUACUCAGAGAAAGACUUUGAAAACUUGAAGGUCUCUAUUAAUGAUGAAGGAGGAAAGGAGCAUGGAACUAUGGAAAAUGAGGCAUGGAAGACUAUCAUGGCCAAAACAGGAAUAGAACAACAGUAUGACCUGCUCAGUGUUCUUGAGAUGGGAAUGGAGCACAAGGUGGCAUUUAACUGUUAUUCAUAUCAGUCAGAAACUAGGAAUGCUGUUCAGUUUGGAAAGCAAAAGACAAAAACUGACCAAAACAUCAACAUGCUGUUAUUGGAAAAUGGAAAAGCUUGUGAGAUCUUGUCUGAAGAUUUGUUAGUUGAAGCCACUAUUAGCGAGUUGAAAUCCAAGAUUAAAUAUUCGAAACAAUGCAGUUCAGAAAAAGAUAAAUACACUCUUGUAGUCCCUUCUUUUUUAGAAAAAUACCUGGAAAAUCAGCUGCCAGUGUUUGUUGAGAAUGCACUGAAGGCCAUUAAGAUGACCAAAGGCAGAGAGUACAUGAUCGAGAGAUCUCUUAGUGCUCAGGGAAUAGACGUUAGUGAAGAAGAUCAACACAUGUACCAUGCAAUAAUCCCAGUAGAUUUUCAGGCCAGUGGGAUGUUGGAGAAAAGGAAACGGUGGGGUGAGGGACUACAACAGUUUCUGGAGUUGAAACAUCAGCUAUCUUUAUCGCCAUUGUCAAAUGUGACAAACUACAUGUCAAAUUCACAUUUCUUUAAAAGAUAUCUCAGUGGGAAAGGGAUACUUGGUGUUUCUGGAACAUUGGGGGGAGAUGUAGAUAAGAAUUUCCUCGCAAGGCAUUACAAAACCGACAGCUACGUCAUACCAGCUCAUCAGCGUCAGAAGGUUACUGAGCUGCCAGCAGUCCAGGUGAGGGGAGGUACUGAGCAAUGGAUCCAAACUCUUUCUGCCAUGGUCUCAAAAGUCUCUAACAGAGGACAGGUGGUGUUAGUCGUGUGUGAGGAUGUCAAUACUGCAAAUGAGCUCAAUAACAAAAUGACAGCCGAAAUCAAACAUUCAGUCACCAUGUACACGAUGAGUGAGAGUCACAACAUAGAGAACCAGGAGUUCAACAAGGGUCAUAUCAUUAUUACCACCAACCUUGGAGGACGAGGGACAGACAUUAAGGUUACAGAGGAGGUUAACCACGCCGGCGGUCUCUUUGUAUUACUCACCUACUUCCCCAAUAAUCGCAGAGUUGAGAAACAGGUCUUUGGAAGAACAGGUCGAAAAGGCACACCAGGAAUGGUCCAAUUAAUCCUGAACCAUGAUCGUCUACCCAUGGCCUACAGAGGUCAUUCUAUUGAAGUCAUGAGGGAACUCAGAGAAGAGUUUGAGCUUAAUCGAAUAAAAGACAUGGAGAAGGAAAAACUAGCUGAAAUUGAAAUAAAGGAAGUGCUGUUCGCUACAUUUUGUCAGUUCCUUAGUGACUUCGACAAGCAUUACAGUACAGAAGAGAAGACAGACCUCUUUGAAGUAAAAGUAAAAGAUGCCCCUCUUUAUUUUGAGUCCUUUCAGAAUAAGAUGGACUAUCACCCAGCACUGAAUGCUUUGAAGGAGUCAUGGGGUAUGUGGCUGAUGCUUCACACAGAACAGAUUAACAUACAGAAUGACCUCACUGAACUGAAAAAAGACCUCAUGCAGCAUUUGCAGGAUACACGUAACAAACUUCUACAAGGUCAAAGUGAAAACUUUUAUGAUCACAUCCAUCAGGCUUUAGGACGCAUUGCGCUGCAUAUUCAAAACAAAAGUAAAUGUGACUAUGGAGCAAAAUUUUAUUGGGAAAGAGCCUCUGAGUCGGACAGCUACUACCGAGCUGCUGCACUAUACAAUCAGGCCUACAUUACCAUUAACAUGGCUAGAAAAGGCUACAAACGUGAGGCAUGUUCCUUACUUGAGGAGGCAGAUAAAGCCUUAGAUGUUUAUGUAUUAGAAAUGACCAACACACUAAGCUUCUAUUACUUAUCUGUGACUCGAGACUUUGAACCACAUCACAGUGGUAGCUGUAACUUUCAAUUACAAAUGCAGGCAAGGAUGAACAUAUUUAACUCAUGGAAGCAAAAUAUUAGGAAAAUACUUGACCUGCUUGGAUCAGGCAAAGGAGACUUCAUAACAGUGGACUUGACUCUUUACAGUUUAUCAGCUAAAGAGGAUUUUGUGUCUUCUAAUGAACUUGGUCUCUUUCGUAAUUAUGGCCUUGCAGUCGUGUUUGAACUGAAGGAAAAGCCCAAGUUCUCAUUUGAUGCCCUGAUUUGUUGUUUUCUCGGUGUGAUUCAGGUUGUAGUGGGAGUUUUGAUGUGUGGCCUGACAUCUGGUUUUAUAUCUUCAUUUGCUCUUGCUUUGAUCUCUGAUGGUGUGUCUGACAUGAUCAGUGGAGUCAUGGGUAUGAUAAAUGGUGAUUUUUAUUGGGCAUCAUGGGCAAUAUCUAAAGCAAUAAGUAUGGGAACAUCUUUGGUCUGUGGCGGAUUCAGUGUUUUCAAAAGAUCUUUCUCAUCUGUGACAAGUGCAGGAAAUGGUAUCCUAAGUGGCACUAAAUCAUUACAAAAUAUAGCAGGGAGUGCCCUCAGUUCAGGAAGAAACCUGUUCAUGUCCACUUGUACGACAGUUAAAGCUUCAGUACCAUCAGUUUUCCUGAAGAACAUCACAUCCAAAGUGGCUAAACUGAACUUACAAAAAGCAAGUGUGUAUGCUCUACAGGAAUUGGCUAUUCAGGGGGUUAACACGGCUUUGAACAAAACUGAUGCGACAGUUAAAAAAACUUUUAAGCAAGGAUUUCGACUUACUUUCAUGAAAUCUAUACGUUCAGCGCUGCAACAGAAUAAACAAUUUGUUCAAGCACUUUUAGAUUUCAUCAGUUCAGGAAUCCCAAAGGCUGCCUUAAAUAAAGAGUCUGGCUACAGGAUUAGCAACAACUUGGAGAAGCAAAUUAUUGAGUAUGUUGAGUGUAAUACUAAAAAUAUAAUUACCAGCCUGAUAAUAAACUGUAACCAAGUCAAAAAGACCAUUCAAACACUGUCAAAUCUGUGGGACAUGGCAGCAGUAUUUGUUGCACACAAACCUUAUACUUGUAUUAAGACACUCUUGAGUACUGCAAGCUUGUCCACCUCCAUUUAUGAAAUGAAUUCCUCUAUUCCUACCAAACAGACCAUUGACACGAACUUUGUUCCUGCAUUUUUAAAGUCUAUUAAAGAGGAUCCAAUAUUUGAGACAUAUGAUAAUGAUGGAAGGGACGAACUUGAAGAUGUGGAACGUCUUAAAAAUGAACUGAUUGACUUAGUUUCAGAAAUUCUUUCCCAAACCAUGGUGGAGAGUUUUUCUGGUGUUGCCACAUCCAUGUUUACAAAAACAUUUAUGAAAAGAUUAAACACUGUUACUGGAAAAGUGGUUACUAAUUUGCUGGGAAGAAAUGAAACUCAAAGUUUCUUUGACAAUCAGCAGCAUCAUUAUAAUCUGAAAUCAGCUAUUGAAUGUGAGGAAAGGCCUUUGACUGAAGAAGAAUUAAAUGAGGUCAGGUGUUAUGCGAAUAAUAUAACCGAUCAAGAAAAGCCAGCAACAGCUUUAGAAGUCCAUGUCCUUACAAAGAGUGACUUGUUGCAAGGAAAAGGAAUUUGUAUAACUGUAGUAGAUGACCGAGGAGAACUUCUCACAGAGGAGACUUACCUAGGAAUUGACCCAACAGCUGGCACUAUCAAACUCAUGCUGACAAAAACACCUCAGACUUCUCCAGGAAAUCAAGGAAUAUUGACUAAGCUGAAACGUAACCUUAUGGCUGAAGAUGUUCCACACAGUGGCCACAUUGAUAUCAUACACCCUAAUGGUUCACGAGAAACUGUAAAGUCCUUAAAUCAGAACUGUCUUUUUCAUGCUGUCAUACAAGCAACAACUAACAACCCAAAAGAUGAUGUGCUAGAGAAAGCUAAAGAGCUCCGUAGGAAAGUCAGUGAUGAGAUUCUUUUAAAACCGUAUAAGUAUGUAGAUGCUGUGAAGAUUCAGAAAAUGUUCAACAUGACCAACAGCUCGAAUAAAUUUACAAUCCAAACUGCACCGAGAGAGUUUGAUAUGGAACAGUACACUAAGUACACAAAAGACAAGACAGCGGAAAAAAUUAUUGAGGAAUACAAACUGGGAAAAGUGGGCGACCAAAAGGGGCUUUUAGACCUUGAGAAGCCCACAACAGGAGUGGUGGAGCCGCAGCACAUCCCACCACAAAGCACAUGGACUACAAUCCUUCACCUCAUCAAAACAAACCCUGAGAUUUCCUCUUUAUUAAACAAAAACAACAAAGAAAUGUUCUACCUCAUGAUGAAAAUGAAACACGACCCAAGUGAAAAGAUGCAGCUUUGCAUGAACACACUGUACUCCGAUCACCGCCGUGCACUAAGCAGCGGACACAGCACCGAGUCCAGAGCAUGCAGACGUUUCCUGACAAGCACCUUUACAAGUGGAGAUACAGAAAAGGCUUUGAAGCUCUCCUUAAUGAUGGCCCAUCCUCAAUGCUCGGAAAACAUCUGGAGUAAUCUCGGUAUACAUCAUCAUUACAGGACAUGUGAUCUUGAACUUAAAUUAAAGGACAGAAAUGAUUACUACAAGAGAGGAUUUAAAGACAUAGUGAAAAAGUACAGCAAAUCCGAUCUGAUCAACCACGUCCAAAGCAUUCGACUGAUAAACUGGGUGCAAAAAGAUAUGUUCCUGGACACGUCUACAGUGGAGUACAAAGAAAUCAUUCAUGUUAUAAAACAGACACAGAAAAGAACUGAAACAAAAAAAAUCUGAUCUUUAGUUAACUAACACAUUCAAAAGUGUGGUGGAAAAAUAAAGUGAACCCCUUGGAAUUAAUAACUGGUUGACCUUGGCAGCCAAAAA